AUGUCGCAAGCCGAGCUUGCCGCCUGGCUCGAGACCCGAGACGCGCACUGGAGCUCGCAGUACCCGGCGGCGCAGGCGCCGGACGAGGAGUCGGAGAUCGUGGCGCAGUUCCUCGCGGCGCCGUACCCGUACCCGAACGACGACGACGACGACGACGACGACGAGCAGGAGCAGAAGCAUCAGCACCAUAAUAAGCUGGGCGAGAUCAGUGCCACCAGCUCCACGUACUGGCCUGAGCCCGGCCAUGUCACUGAUCCCGGCAACGGGGCCUGCUACUGGCCUUCCAAUGGCGACGCCAGUAAUAGCAACAGCAGCGGCAGCGGAGCGUACUUCGACGGCAGCGGCUGCUGCUACUACUACCUCGCCGAGCCGGACGUGUCGCUCGGGAUCAACACGCGCACGACGACGCUGCCGUGCACGUCCUCCAUCGACCUAAACCUCCUCGGCGACGGGGAGAAGGAGGGGACCACGGCCGUGGUCCACCCGGUCCCUCCCAAUCCUUCUUCGCCCGCUGAUCACCCGGAACGCCCGCUGAUUCACACUCAUACGGCCGGUCACCGCAACGGAGGCGAUGACGACGGCGCCGCAGCCCGCGCCGCGGUGUCGCUCCCGAAGCGGAAGGCUCAGGCCGGCCACGAUGGCGGGGAUAUUGGACGCCAUAAGAAGAAGGAGAAGAAGGCGGCAUCCAAGACGGCGCAGAAGUUCAGUCAGGAGAGUUCGCAAAGCAAAGGCAGCUGCUCGGCCGACGAGUCCAUGUCCAACUGCUCCGAGGUAAACCGCCGGUCGGGGGUUCACGGCGGCGGCAAUGCGAAGGCCCGGGCAGCCAAAGGGUCGGCGACCGAUCCCCAGAGCCUCUAUGCAAGGAGAAGAAGGGAAAGGAUCAAUGAGAGGCUCAAGAUUCUGCAGAAGCUGGUGCCCAAUGGAACCAAAGUUGACAUCAGCACAAUGCUCGAGGAGGCAGUUCACUACGUCAGGUUCCUGCAGCAGCAGAUCAAGAUGCUGAGUUCUGAUGAGAUGUGGAUGUACGCACCGAUCGCUUACAAUGGGAUGAGCUUAGGAAUCGACUUGAAGAUCUCCACUCUUCAGUGA